AUGCGUCCCGCGUUGGAUCUACAUAUUCGCACGUCUUCCUUGACGAAGGAGGCAAACGCGCAACUUGAUCAUAUUAUCCUCGCGCUCCAGGCAGCCUCGGAACUAUCGCGCAAGUUUGAUAACUCGCGCCUACAGCACUCAGGUGAAACGGUUUCCAAUGAGCGGGGUGAUAUCGGCGGGAGUCGACAUGAACAAAAUGACGAGAACUUUUCGGUUAAGAAAGGAGAAACGGAGUUUGACCGAGAGGCAGAUAUAAAUCAAGGGAUCGAAAGUACGUCCGGGGACGAAUUGCCGCGGGAAACAUUGAGCACACAGAGUCCAGCUGGGGGAGCUGGGGACGUCUUAAACGCUGUGCCAGAGGGGCCGCGGCGCCCCAUUGAGUUGGCAGGAUCUCAUACACCUCCUAUGCCUGCUGAGGAUGGAUUUGGUGAUGCAACGACGGCUGCUUCCCGCGAUGAGCAUUCGGAGGCUAUCAUGCGACAGUUGUUCCGAAGCCGAAGGGUUGCAAGUAUACUGACAAAAGACAGCAAAUAUGGUGUAAACCAGCGAAAUAGGGAGCCAACUAAAAUCGAUAGAUCACCAGUCAUAGAUUCUUCGCCGCGCCCCGAAAUAUUGAAUAAACCGCCAAUUAAAACCGCUAUAGCACCUGAAAUGGCAGAACCAUCUGCCACUCCUGAAGUAGAAAAAGGGGAUGUGAGUGCAGUGGGAGCUGACCUUGCGAAUAGCACUGUGAAUGUGCAGCAGGCGGAAUCACAGGAUAUCCUUGGUAAAACACCGGCAACGCCUGCAUACAAGAUGGUGGAAUCGCGGGUUCCUUCAACCCGUUUAGGCAGACUAUGGGAGUACGGAGGACUAGCCACCUCCAUGGCCUUCGGUAUUGUUGGGCAAAGCAUUCGUCGCGCAACCGUUGGCCUUGACUCAAGCAGCGGCUCCUUGAUAUUCAGUCCUGAGAACGUCGAACGACUCGUCUCAAAACUGUCGAAGAUGAGAGGUGCAGCCCUCAAAUUAGGGCAAUUGAUGAGUUUCCAAGAUGCGAAAAUGCUUCCGCCAGCAAUUCACGAAAUCCUUCAGCGGGUUCAAGAUCAAGCAAAUUAUAUGCCAGCAAAACAGAGAGACUCUGUUCUUGUGAACAACCUAGGAGAGAAUUGGAGGGAUUUAUUUGACACCUUUGAUGAGCUUCCCAUAGCCGCCGCUUCUAUAGGCCAGGUGCAUAGAGCAGUACUAAAGGAGACGGGUAAACCAGUUGCUGUCAAAAUUCAAUAUCCAGGCGUUGCAGACUCCAUCGACUCCGAUCUUAGCAAUCUCUCCAUUUUACUAACUGCCUCGCAUUUGCUACCCAAAGGGCUAUUCCUCGACAAAACAAUUGCCAAUGCUCGUACUGAACUAGCCUGGGAGUGCAACUACAUCCGAGAAGCUGAGUGUGGUGAACGAUUCCGUACCCUUCUCAAAGACGACACAGCAACUUUCAUGGUCCCAGAAAUCAUCUACCCCGCUUCUGGCAAGCAAGUUCUCACCAUGGAAUACCUUGAAGGUAUCCCGGUCACCCGUGUCCAGAAUUUCACUCAGGCCCAACGGGACUGGAUAGGCACGCAAAUCUUGAGGCUCUCCCUACGAGAAAUCUGCGAAUUCCGCUUCAUGCAGACAGACCCCAACUGGACUAACUUCCUCUACAACGCGUCCACUAACAAACUCGAGCUCCUUGACUUUGGCGCCUCCCGAGACUACCCAGGCUCCUUUAUCUCCACCUACCUCCGCGUCCUCCAGGCCGCUUCCCGUAAUGACCGCGAAACCUGUCGCGACCUCUCCAUCAAACUGGGCUACCUGACUGGUUUCGAAUCACAAGCCAUGGUCAAUGCGCAUAUUACCUCUAUCCUCACGCUGUCGGAGCCCUUCAUGGCCUCGUCGCCGGACGUUUAUGAUUUCAGCGACCAGACCAUCACGGACCGAGUGCGCGAGAUGAUCCCGCUGAUGCUUCGUGAGCGGCUUGCGCCGCCUCCAGAGGAAACGUACAGUUUGCAUCGGAAGCUGAGUGGAGCAUUCUUACUGUGUGCUAGAUUGGGGAGCCGGGUACGCUGUAAGGAGUUGUUUGAGAAUGCAUUGAAGAAGGUGGAAUGGGUUGAUGGGGAUGAGGUGUUCGUGGGCGAUGGAGAGGAGCUAGUUGACGGCCUGAGGAGGAGAACUGUGGCUGGAUAA